AUGGCCCAGCCUCCAAAAAUUCCAUCGAGUCCAAAUCAGAUAUCCUCCACAGCUCCAAUCGAUCCGAUCGAUGAGUUUUUGGUCAACUUUACUGAAAAUUAUAAAAGAAAUCUACCUCCUUCAAAAGCUCCCAAAACAAGUGAUUCUUUAACUCAAAGCCAGGAUCAGAACCCCGAUGGCCUUUUUACUUCUAUCAAGCGUAGUCCUGAUAUCAUUCCAGAUUCCCCUCUAUGUUUCUGUAAAUUACCUGCAUCUAAAACAGACACACCGGCGUUUGGCAUUAUCUUCGAGUGUCAUCACUUUGAUUUUGAACAACGACUACCAAAGCAUAAAAAUGGGAGAUAUGUAUGUGCUUUUCAUGUUCACGAGAGGCCCUGGAACAAGUUCCGCAAACAAUUAAAAAACACUGGCUCUAUUGACAGCUAUGAUUUCGAACUUGAUGUCUGCCCAGUUUUCAACUAUACAUCCUGUGUCAUACUUGAAACCUUUAAUCGAUAUCUCAAGCGGCCAUGCUUUCCUAUAAAAUGUUUUUGUGAACUAGAUGCUGUUGUUAAAAGGGUUGACAAAGAUGGCAAAAAGAAACUUGCUCUAACUUGUCCGAAUUUCUUUAUUGAUGGUGCCCGCCCGAAAUGUUCUUGGUAUUUAUACGCUGAACAAGUAGCAUAUGAAAGUCCGGGGUAUUCUAUUCACACCAUUCGUGUCAAAGAACCCACAACGGAAUGCCCUCACCAAUAA